AUGCAGAUAUUGGCUGCAGGCCUGCUCUUGAAUCUUGCAGCAGCGUCCUCGCUGCCUGGGGUGUCGUCCUAUGUCGCCUCGGCUGGGUUCCCGACCUCUGCAUUUGAAUCCUACUAUACCUCACCGGCCAAGCCAACCAAAGAGCCUCAGCCGAUCAUCCAUGAUCCGGUGCUGGGUGUCACUUUUCCCUACAAGUUGACCAACCCAGACAAGAUCCCCGAGGGCAAGGAUGAGGUCUACUUCCCCGUGCCGUCGAAGAACCUGUCCGCGCACCAGAAGCAGGCGCUGGUCCGUGCCGCCACGGCCAAUGUGACCAAACUCAUCAAGUCCAACAGUGCCUCCAGUAACUGUACUGUAUGUAAGAAGGCUCUGGUGGCAGCAAAGCCCGUGGCAUUGUAUGCCCCUGCCUUGCUCCCCGAUGCCAUGAUCAGUCUCUGCAAGUCUUUCGGCUUCCACUCCAACGAGACCUGCGAAGAGGACUUUGCGACCCAUACCUUCGGUGCCAUUUGGACCCAGGUGCUGGCCUACGCCGAUGUCGCCGGCCUGGAUGGGCAGUAUAUCUGCAACUCCCUUGAUGACACAUUCUGUGACAGGCCCAAAACUAGCCCUUUGAAUACCGCCAACUUGUUCCCCAAGCCUAAGCCCGCCCAUGCCCACGUUCCCAAGGCGAGUGGCAAGCGGGUCAAGGUGCUGCAUUUGUCUGACUUUCAUCUGGAUUCUCGAUUUGCGGUUAGCUCAGAAGCCAACUGCUCAGCUAGCAUGUGCUGCCGCAGUAACAAAUACAAUGACCUCUCAAAGAGCAAGGCUUUGCUUCCCGCCCCCGCAUAUGGCUCAUUCAAAUGCGACUCGCCUUAUGACUUGGUUCUCGCGGUGUUGCAGGCCAUCGGGCCCUUGACGGGCACUGGCAAGGGCAAGGGCAAGGAUUCUCUGGCUUGGACCUUGUACACCGGGGAUAUGGUGUCGCACGACCCCGAAUCACAGGACUCUCGCGAAUACGUCGAGUAUACGGAGGCAAGCGUCUACAGCUUGUUGAAAAAGUACAUCACCGGCCCUGUAUUUGCCGCACUGGGGAACCAUGACACUAGCCCGGCGAAUGUUGAUUCUCCGCACAACCUCCCCGGGCGUCUCGGAGAGCAGCAGAGCUGGCACUAUGAGCAUGUGGCUGGGAUGUGGCAGCAUGAGGGAUGGAUCACCCGUGAAGCGGCAGACCAGGCGCGCACACAUUACGGUGGCUACUCAAUCAAGACACACUAUGGACUGCGCAUCAUUACGUGGAACACCGAUCUGUGGUACUCGAACAACUACCUCAAUUUCAUCAACACGACCAACCCCGACAACUCGGGCGUGUUCUCGUGGAUGAUCCACGAGCUGCAAAAGGCCGAGGACGCCGGCGAGCGCGUGUGGAUCAUGGGCCACGUCCUCAGCGGCUGGGACGGCACCAACCCAAUGCCCAACCCAUCCAACCUCUUUUACCAGAUCGUGGAGCGCUACUCGCCUCAUGUAAUCGCCAACGUCUUCUUCGGCCACACGCACGAGGACCAGUUCAUGGUGUACUAUGCCAACAACGGGACGACACAAAACGCAAAGAACGCGCUGGCAACAGGUUGGGUUGGGCCCAGCGUGACCCCACUGACAAACAUGAACAGCGGAUUCCGGAUGUACGAAGUCGACACGGGCGACUUCAACAUCUACGAGGCCUACACCUUCUUCAGCAACGUAUCUGACUACCCGGCGCUCCAGCACACGGGGCCCACCUUCAAGCUCGAGUACUCGACUCGCGACACCUAUGGUCCCGGUGCCAAGUGGGACAAGAACGCGCCGCUCAAUGCCACAUUCUGGCACCACGUCACCGAUGCCAUGGAGAAGGACUUGGGGCUGGUUACUCGCCAGAACGCGCUGCAGGGCAAGUUGAGCUUGAAGAGCCCGCAGUGUACUACUGCGGCGUGCCAGAAGGCCAAGGUUUGUUAUAUGCGAAGUGGUAGUGUUGCGCUGGGGAGCCAGUGUCCGCAGGGGUAUGGGUCCGUGCAGAGCGCGUUUAAGCCGAAGAAUUAG